AUGUGCAUAGCACUUAUAUCAACGGCUCACCCGGACUACCCCCUAAUCCUAGUUGAUAAUCGAGAUGAAUUUCUCCGCCGCCCAACAGCGGCAGCGGACUGGUGGCCUGAACCGUACUCUUUUGUACUUGGCUCCCGCGACAUGGCCCGCGCCGCCCACGGUACCUGGCUCGGCGUCACCAAGCACGGCCGCAUCGCAGUUCUCACAAACUACAAAGAAGACGACUGCAGCCAGGCGAUCGGCAAGCUGAGCCGCGGAGAAAUCAUCAACUCCUUCCUAGAAUUACCGCCCGACGGCUCCGUGAACACGGAGCAGUUUGUCGACCAGCUGGUCGCGGGUGGCGAAGCUCACCUGGCCGGCGGAUUUAGCUUGGCAUGUGGGAAUAUCCGCGGGCCGCUGGCGAUCGUGUCGAAUCGCGUGUGCUCCAAGGACGGGGUGACGUGGAUUGCGAAGGAGAGGGGCGAGACCGUUGCGCUGAGCAAUGUUGCGUUCGGAGACUGCUCGUGGAAGAAAGUGCAGAACGGGGAGAGCAUGAUGAAGGAGGCUUUACAUACGAGCUCAAAGCUGGGUGAACAUGAGGACCAGCUGGUGCAGAGAUUAUUGGCCAUUCUCAGCACAGAUACCCUUCCACGGCUAAAAGAAGGUGGGGAUUUCGAGACAUAUAUCGAUUUAUUACGCGAGAGCAUAUUUAUUCCAGUCAUUGGUGAGGAGCAGGAAGACGAGAGAGACGAAGCGGAGAUAUGUACCUCGAAAAUCCACGAAAAGGCCGAAAUUGUGGGCAACGGGCAGGCGAAUCAUAUGCAAUAUAUGAAGGGACUGUACGGGACGCAGAAGCAGACCGUGGUUCUGGUCCAUAACUCUGGGAGGGUUAAGUUCUUUGAGCGUACCCUGUACGACAAUGAUGCGAAGCCUAUUCCUAUUGGAGAGGGAGACAGGGAGUUUGAAUUCGUCGUUGGAGAGUGA